AACCUGCGUUGUCAUAUUUCGGUAGGUAACCAAAUUUCAUUUUACUAAAAUACAUCCUAAUGCAUGCAGAAUGUUCUCGCAACUUGACUUUGAUUGAUAGUUCGAGAUUAAGAAAUAGUACAGAGUUACACGAUCAAAGGGGUUGUAAUUCCAGGGCCCCUAUUAUGUGGGAAUUCGAUGAGAGAGUUAGGACUGUUGUCUGUGAGCGAUUUACUUUGGUGCUCAGUUUUGCCAAUAUUUGUGUAUCUAAAUAAAUAAAAUUACUAACCUACAGAAGACAGAAGGGUGACAUCACAACCUGCUCCGACCAUUGCAGUAAGGUAAUCUUACCAGAGCGUCAUCAUAGUGACGCACUUGAAAAUCCUCACAGGGUUGUCCACUAAUAGGAAAAUACCAAAGAAACACCUCAGUUUAUGCAUCAUGUAUCUGUUCUACAUGAAACGCCCUCAUAACCAUCGUACCUAUAGCCUUUUCGAUGGACCGUUGCAAGCAAGUAUUAGAUGAGCAUACAAAAGCACACGAACCUCCCUCAGCCAGGUGGGAUGACUAGUGAAAUCACAGAGUAGGAUAAAGUUGGAGUGACCAGCCUCCCCCCACCCAAUGUUACAUGUGUUGAUAUUUCUUCAUAUCUCCCCACUUACGUAUUUGCCUUAAUUAUCAUUUCAAUCCUGCCUCACUUUUCAUUCACACCUAAUCAGACAUUCUUCAUAUCCCGUUAUUCUGACUGAGAUUAGCUAAACUACUGUUAAUAUAAUAUUCUAAGUUUUAACAGUCCUAUAGUCCAUUGAAAAGAACAUGGGAAAAAUGAAUAAAUCAAACUAACAAUCGCUAAUGUGAUUUUUUACAACGAAGCGCGUGCAAAGAAUACAACACUUACAGCUAAUAGUUUUAUGUACUCUGUUUAUAUAAAGUAUUUUGAAAGUGUUUAGUUCGCAGAGUUCGGCGGUAAUCAUGAAAUUGGAGGAGGUUAGAGUUUUUUUCAUUAACGUACCCUAGUUGCCAAUCUAUGCUGAGUGUCUCGACAGUAAGACGUAUGUUCUUGAGAGAUUAGAGCCAAGCCCAAUUACAAAUACUGUUAUGAACUCUGUUAGUCCUAUAAGGACAGAAGCUCAAGAACUAUUUACGUACUCGAUGAAACACGCAUUAAAGUACCAAUCAAGCAUUAGAAAUCUCACCACAUCUAUAACCAAAGUAAUAAGGGAUGAACCGGUUGUAUUAGCUCGUCUAGGAUUCGUUGUUAGUUGUAGUUUGGGAGGCUGGGUUCUUGGAUAUAAAAGCCGUUCUUUUCGCAAGUUGGCUUACGCAUCCAUAUGUGGUUCUGUUGCAACCGUUGUUUCUUUCCCUAGUGGCUCUGUAUCUAACCUUAAGUACGCCUUUGAUUUUGGGUCGAACAAGCUCUCUGAGAUCGCAAAAAGAUUCAGUGUACGAUUGUUUACCAAGAAGAUUCGAACAAUUAAAAAAGUUGGAGGAACAUUUCAGUCGUUAGUUCUCACAAUUACUUGAAACUUGCAUAAGAAUUCGAUAGGUAGGACUGCUUUUUGCUUACAGUUAGAGAUCCUAGAACAAUAUAAUCGUCAAGAAGGACAUUCACAAAGACAUGAAAAUUUGUUCCACAUGCUUAUAUAUCCCAUGACAGCAGUUUAAAGGAUCGAUUAUCUAGUUGGCCAAUAAAGUUUGGCAUUUCAAACCACAUAAAAGGUUUUUAGUUCUGAUUAGAUAAACAACGUGCAGAUUUUUUUCCACUAACUUUUUUACGAAAACACGUGAAGGAAUAAUAAAUAAAGCAAAUCCAUGGUAGAAGAACAUAUCCGGCCCUAACACGUACAGGAAAUAUAACUUUCUAAAUCGAAUUACUUACAAACAGCUAAAGUUUUAUAGUCUUAGCUAAGUAAGUGCAACUUUUAUCCAACAGACAUACUUUCUGCAAAGACGAGGAAAGGGAAGCGCAAGUUUGUUAGUGGUUUAACGGAGAUUAACGAUUCAUCAAAGAAUUGGUCAACUGAAAUUUCGAACCAUCAGUGGGAAAUAAGUGAAUUUGGAUGGUGCAAAUGAAGUUCCAAUCCAUUUAGACGACUGACUACCACAAAACCCAGAUCAUAACGUUCUACUGACAUCCCUUUGAUACGCAAGUGAGAUCCGGGAGUAGUAGUAGUCAUCCAAGAAAUCAACAUACUUUUGUAUAGGACUUUUGAGGGUAAAACAGUCCUUACACAAAUUAUAGCAAUCUGAAAUGAAAAAAGUAUUAUGGAUGUCAGUUCUGACCCAUUCGAACCUUUCUCAUGUACACUAAGAUAUAAAAUGCCCCCCUGAACUGGUAAGAGAAAUCGUGCAUUUCCGUUACUUCUAUCUGAAAUCGUACGAACUUGAACCGAUCACGAAAGAAUUUCAAUCUUACCUGAAUGACAAAGAAUACAAUCAAUAGAUAUAUCGAAAACGACGAAUAAAGACACAUGUCAUGAAAAUGCUCUGAGUGUGAACAUUAGAUUUCGGUGAGCAUUCUACAACAUCAUGACGAUAGUCAAUCAAUUCUGACACUGGAAAUACUUUGACGUGUAAGCCAUUUGAAAAGAUGCUGUAGAACAUUACUAUUACGUUCAACAUAUUUAGUGAUGCCUUACUGUACCCAAUUUUCGGACUCCAAUAGCUAACACUUUUAUGCCAGCUGUGAAAAUACCUUUUGGAUAAACAGGUUCGCAAAGUUUGGGGUCUUUGUUUUUCAAUCACUAAUUUCCUGAGUGAUAUCUUUUGCUAUAUACAAAUAAAUACUGACAGAUAUAUUUGAGGUGGUCAACGACUCAUUGAAUUUCAUCUCACGUAUACAAUAGACUGAAAUACACCAGUUAACAGCGUUUAUCACAACAUUACACUACUACUGUAUUAUGACAGAGAAUUCAUAAAUAAGUUUUAUAAACAUUAUUUAUAAAGUACAACAUUAUAUCUCAGGAAUGCCCAAUCGUACAGUCGUUCUUAUGAUUACAGAACACAGUUUGUUUUUGCUUGGAUCACGAUUAAUUUUCAACAAGGAAUUAAAUGUACUAUUUUCGGCCAGUAAACGAUAAACAAGAAAUAUGCUCCGUUUUUUGGACAAUACCGUUUUGAAGGAUGAAUCAAUAUACAUGUUGCCUUACCUUCAUUCCAAACAGGAUUCUUGUUUUGUAGUUGUAGAACGUUCUGCAUAUCUUUUCUCCGCCAUGAGUCGAUUAGCCAGGUAGUAUCCUAAAUGAACAAGGAAUAUUUGCUAAUUAAAGAUGCCAGUGUUAUUGUUAAUUUGAAAAUCACGCUUGAUGAAUCAACGGAGAUGUUUAUAAAAAGGAACUAAACUGAAGCAUGAACUACUUUAGGAAUAAGUGCGUACAAUGCAGCGUAGAAUUACAGUUCUCAUUACUAAAUUUUGAUUAUUGAACAAAAUAGGCAUAGAUCGAUUACGUUAUACCUUUCAAAUAACUGAAUAAGAAUACGUCUAUGCAUGAGUAAGUAUAAAUUCAGAGAUAAUAAUCUAGAACGUCAAUAUAAGUAUUUAUAAACGAGAUGUGACUAGACAAUUAUUAUAUUCAUGUAAAGAGAAAAAUCAACAAUACAUAGUAAUAUCGAGCACCAGCGACGACGAAUGUCUCGUUGCUAUAACAUACUAGCCGACUGUGGUUAAAAAAGUGGCACUAACCACCAUUUAAAUAUAAAUGAGUGAGUUCAGCUCUACAGGAAUUUAACGACACCAGAUUACGAAUUGAAAGAGUUAACUCUGGAAUGGUUAUUCCAAUAAGACCGACAUUUCGCAUGCUAAUAGUGUCAUUUUUAAACAUAACAACCUGCACAAAAAUAUUAUUUCGAUAUUGAAUUUUAAAAAAUGGUAUAUUGACUAAGGACAUACAUUUCCAGGACAUGAAAAAUGCUGACAAGUAGCACUUAAGCGCGGCAAAAUAAUAGUCAUUCUCCUUGGUCCUUUGAAACCCAGUACGUUUGUAUCCUGAGAAAAACGAGUAAAGGUACAAUAUCAAGAAAAUCACUUCCAGGAUUGUGGAAUGAAAGCUGGUUUAUUGAUAGUAGACUCUAUGUAUAAUCGGACAAAAAGUUAUUAUUAAAGACUUUUUAGACAAUAUCGCACUUAAUAUUUGAAAAACAGUCAUUUUAACCUUAACGUUUUAGCUAAUAAAAUGUUUCUUCAUUCAUACACAUUCGUAAAACUUACACAAUUAAAUAACCAGUUACUUAUUAUUGGCUGAAGUAUUACCUAUAACAUCCUGUUAUUUUACGAAAUUUACAUGUUAAAGCUGCUUUAUGGAGUGUAGAUAUAAUGUUCACUGUAUCUUUUUAUCUGAAUGGGGAUACAGAAGUGUUCAUCUAUUUUAAGCUCAAAAAAGGUUUUUAGUACAUUUUUGCUAAUCAUGUUUUGAACAUUUGCUUCAAGGUCAUGUUUUCGUUAUCAUCCGUUAUAUUUGUGACAAGCUUACUAAAGCAGUUUGAGGUAAAUAAUGAGAACUUGACUCAAUGUAUUUCCGCUCAAUUUACCAAACUUUCUCGUCCACAGAGCGGCAAGAAAUCGACAACACAAAAAACACGGAAUAUAACAGGAAUGAGACAAAUGAAAUCAAUCAAAAUUCAUUAUCUAUGUUCCCCACCCAUAUGUUUGGCGAAAUUCGCAUAAUCUAUCGUGAAACCUCCAUCAUUUGACAUGGCUGCUUCCAACAGUCAACGGAUUUAUGGAUUAAUCCCACUUUUCUGUUUGGUAGGUCCUAAGCAUCUAUAGACCUACUCCUCUGCUGGUCAACAUUGCUCAUCAAAAACCAGUUUCUAGGAUUCGUGACGUAAUCAGGUCUACAGGUACUGAUAAUAAAACUUACGUAUAUGAUUGCAGCAAGCUCUAGCAUAUUGUGUGUCUUAGUAGUUGUCGUUAUCGAACCAGAAUCAUUUACCUUGUCCCCUGAAUUUAAGGAUUCACUAUCUCGUGAUUUUGAUUCACAGCCGUACACAGUAAAAUGAGUACCCAGAAAGUUGGAGCGCAGUUUCCCGGCAAAACUAAUUGCAUCACGAGAUAAAUUAGUGGCAUCACAAGAAAUCACAUAGUUACUCGUUGUUGAUCGCUUGCGACGCCUGGCUGCAAGUAAGAAGAACUUACAGUCUUCUUUUUCAAGAUGAAGAUAAUAUGAUGGAAAAAUUCCACGAUCGACACCUCGUUUGUCUCGUGUAAUACGACAACGUAUGGUCACACCCUUUAAAGUCAAAAAAUUAAUUGGAAAUUAAGAUACAAGCAUUUUCUGAAUUACAAACGAUAAAAUGUUAUUUCGAGAAUCCUGAAAUGAAUCAAAAAUUUCAUAUCUACACUCAAGACAAGUGGUUGUUGUGCCAUUGUAGCUUCUAAAGUACUGUAGUGAACAGAACACGGGUGGGGACAAUUGAAUGUAUUUAACACAAAAUUACAGGACUUGUUAAUAAAAUCUAACAAUCAUAAAGUAAAUGCUUAAUUUGCAAAAUGUCCACCAAUCGUCUCAAAACGACUCAUACUUCAUUGUUCUUGCAUUUUGUUUCCACUCUUUACUGUUCGAUCCUCUUGUCUCUGCUGCCAGAUCUUCUGUUCACGACUAACAUCAUAUACUACUUAUGUCAAUAUAAGAGGCACACACCACAGUACUACAGAUAAUCAAAAUGGACUGGUGCGGUUAUUGAGAAUUAUCAUUUAUUUUUUAGAACUUGAAGAUUUCUGGAGAAUCAGAUACGAUAGUAUCUUUUGGGACUGAAAUUAUUAGCAUGUGAAUUUGAACAGGUUUUGCUCAUCAAAAUAAAUCUGUAUUACUGAUCAUGAGCUAUGUACAGAGAAAAAUAAAACGGACUCCAAACACAAGUUAUGGUAUUCAUAAUACAUCAAUUAAAUUGUAAGAAAUGGUAGUGAAAGUUCAAUUUAAAAGAAUUUGAAACAAUGUUAUUGGAUUUUCUUACGAUUGACUGAAGAUCUAGCAGCUCAGAAGUAACAGUUCAUCAUUUCACAAAAUAGUAUGAUAUGGAGUUACCACAUGUGUAUAUGUUAACGUUGUAAUAACUAGUAUGUGGUGAACGAUUACCCUUGUCAAAUAUUAGGGUAAUAUAAGUCAACUUUUAAGUGUUGUUUUAUUUUAACUGAUUCCAAUUAACUAACCAAUUUUCCCAAUGAUAAAAUUCUGGAAGCCAAAGUGAAGCGUACAUAAUAGAGGUGGGCAUACGUUUUUUGUGAAGUGAUUCAAUGAUUACAGGUAGAGCAAUAGGCGGGGGCGACAUACAGAAUGCUCGUAUAUUUUCAAUUAAUAAACUGAAGUACAUCAACCAUUAAAAAGACUAAGAUUUAAUUACACAAUUAUCAGUGUUAACAGUAUCGCAUUAUCAACAAAAUGAGUAUG